AGACGCUCCAGAAGUCAUUCAGUCGUUCUCAAGACUUUGAAGUGGAAGGGAAAAAAGGAAAGUGCAGUGAUUUUUUCAGUGAAAGAUGAAGAGUGAGGUGUGCCUUCUGCUGCUGGCUAGCAUUGGUCUAGUGACCUCACAGUCCAACAAAGAAGUCCAAGAAGACCCAUGCAAGACCAAAUCGAGACUCGUUGGUGACGUCACGUACUGUGACAGAUAUUGGGAAUGCGUAGACGGCCAGCCAGAGUUGUACGACUGCCCCAACGGGCUGGUGUUUGCGGGGAAAAAUAGAGGAGUCACCGAGGGGUGUGACUACCCUUGGAAGUCCAACUAUUGCGAUGGAAAACAGCAAGCAAAUCCACCGAUCGGUGCUGACCAUUGCGGAUGGCUUUACGGUAUUUUCGGACACGAAACGUCAUGUACUCGGUAUUGGACCUGCUGGAAUGGAACAGUGACUGAACAAUUCUGCAUCGGAGGUCUGCUUUAUAACGAGAGGACUCACUCUUGCGAUUGGCCAGAAAAUGUAGACGGAUGUCAAAAACACCCCCUGUGUAAUGAUGACCCCAACGGCAAUGUACCCUUAGGCAAAUCUUGCAACCGUUACUGGCAAUGCCAGGGUGGCUACCCUCGACUACAAAGAUGCCCCGCCAUGCUGGUUUUCGAUCGCCAUUCUCUGAGGUGCGUGGUACCACCAACCGAGGAUUGUGACAUACCAAGUACUGUUCCACCACCACCCCAAGAGGAAGACGAGUUUGAUAAUGUGCCCAAGAAUAAUCCUAACAACAAGGGUAAGCAGGACUAUCGGCAGGACCAAAGGCAGGAUUUCCCGAAUUUGCCACCUGGUGCAAUUCCAGUCUCCGGAAACAACAACAACAACAACAACAAGUUGGGGAGGAAUUAGGAAACUGUUUCGUGAGAUCAAUUAUUGGAGUUUAGACAGUAAAAGUGGGGAUAGUGCUAAGACAUACGUUGAAUUUUCAGAGAGUGUUCCUUUAGUGUGUGUGUGAGGAAAAGUUGAGGCUUUAUAUGCAUAUGAAAUUUCCUAUGUCAAUGGGGAUUCGUGAAAUCAGUGCUUAUAGAGCAUUAGAUUCUUCAACAAAAAAUGAGAAAAAAAGUUUGAGUGAUUAUUAUCAUGUGAUCUACUGCUGAAGUAUUACAUCAUACUGACUGUGGGAUGCAAACAGUUUGAAAAAAUGCCUUCUAGACCAACUCAGAGAUUAUACAACUUGUCUUCUAGUAGUAAAACACUCAGUACAAGAAAAUACCUUCAGUAUGUCCUCAUCUUGCUUGAGUUUAGAAAAUUUGACGUACCUACAGAGGUCCCGUAAAGACCACGUCAAACCUAAGGAAAAUGUACCGUUCUCGAGAUUUUUUGUUGUUGAAAAUAUUCACUACCCAAAUUUUCAAUCAAAAUAUUUCUCACAGCCCCUCUUCAAAAUGUUCGGAGGAUGUUUUCAAUGUAUACGUUAAAGUUAUUCUUUCAGCAAUAUUUACCGAGGAAAUGAAUCGAAAAGGUGUCAAAUUGUACCAACCGUGUAGACCAAACUAUUGAAAGGGGCAAAAAUACAAUAUUUUCAACAAAGAAAUAUCUCGAAAACGGUAAGACUUUUAUGGAGGGAAUUUUGUCAUAGCAGGUGGUUUAUCCUUUGAUCUACAUUCUCCCUAGGUUUGACGUGGUUUUUACGGGACACCCUGUACAUAAACAACUGAAUUUUUAACUAAAGGUCUCUAUUUGUUCAUUUAAAUAACUGAUUGAUGGACCGUUAUCUUUGUAGAAAUGAUUCACUACGACACUGUUUCAUUCAUGAGUAUUGAAUAAUAAAUAUUACAUCUCAUCAAUCAUGUAUUACCCAACAAUUAAUAUUAAAUUAUUGUUAGUCUGUGGUUUCAACAGUAAUGAAAGGCGUAGGUAAACUUUCACUUUUUGUUAGGAUCGUUCAUCAGUAGUUCUGUUUCUUUCGAACUCACUUUUCUCUUGCCUUGAAAAAAUUUAUACACUCACCACAGUGCUGGAUCCAACAAAUUUAUUAAAAGAAAAGGCACUUCAAAAAAAUUUUUUAAAUGAGACACAGAGUCUGGGACAAAUAAUUCCAAUCUAUUGGAGAAUAAUCGGAUAUAAGUAUUAAUUAAAAAUGUAUAUUAUUUCCUAUGUGUUCACAGUUUUUUCUCUGUAAUGCCAGUACAAUUACUCACUGCUUUCGAUGACAGUAUUCUCCUCGAAGAAGAUAUUCUCUAUUGAAUAAAAUCUAGUUCUUAGUCAUGCAAUUGUUUUAUUUUAUUAUUUUAUACCAAUACUAAACGAGAAAAAACUUCGUCAGCAGAUGUUCGUAUAU